AUGCGCAAUCUCAGCUAUUUGAGUCUACAGUUACUCAGAUGUAAUUCAUGCUGUUUGAAUAGUCGCCCCUUGACAACAACUUCAAAAUGUUUGGCAGAUGAGCCGCUGGCUCUAAGUAAAUUAAAACGAGGUACAGGUGGGAGGGCAUCGUUUAAUGGCAUGGUUGCAACUGUAUUCGGGGGGAAUGGAUACUUGGGGAGAACUUUGUUGACUCAUCUUGCGAAGACUGGAACUCAAAUUAUAUUGCCUUACAGAUGCGAUCCUUACGCCGUUAAAGAUAUCAAGGUCGUGGGGGAUUUGGGACAAAUUUUAUUUUUGCCAUAUAAUUUGAACGACGACGAAUGUUUAAGAAAAGCUAUGAAGUAUAGUAAUGUGGUUAUCAACUUGAUAGGCACAGAAUUUGAUACCAGACAUUUCACGAUUGAAGACGUGAACAUUGAUGCAGCUGCACGCAUUGCAAAAAUAUCUAAAGAAAUGGGAGUCAACCAACUUGUUCACGUAUCUGCAUUGUGUCAGAAUCGAAACCCACCGAAAUAUGUUUGGAGGCCCUCUCGAUAUAUGUCAUCAAAGGCUAUCGGUGAACAAGAAGUUCUUCGUGAACGUCCUGAUGCUACAAUCUUCAGACCAGCUGAUUUAUGGGGACCGAGUGAUCGAUUUUUAUGCCACUAUGGUGGAAAAUGGCGUCAUUUGAGAGUACCUGGACGCUAUUUUAUUCCAUUGUGGAAUCGAGGCGUAAAGACAAUAAAACAGCCUGUUUAUGUAGGUGAUGUUGCACGUGGAAUUAUCAACUGCUUGAAUAAUCCAGAAUCUUUUGGACAGAUUUAUGAAGCUGUUGGUCCACAUCGUUAUCGAAUGGAUGACCUUGUCACAUGGAUCUACUUAGUUUGUCGAUAUCUACCUAGAGAGUUUACUAUUGUUAAUAUGAAUCCUUACCUUUUGUGGCGUACUUUUCUUCACGAAAGACAUGCUCGCUUUUAUCCACGUCUUACUUUUGAAGGUUUGGAACGUGAAUGUGUCACAGAUACUUUAUCCGGAUGCCCAACACUGGAUGACUUGAAUGUGAAAUUAACAAAAUUAGAAGAUCGUAUUACUCAUAUUUUGUUUCUCAGUCGUCGGCAAAUCUUUUACUGGGAUGCUGUUGGAGAAUUUCCAGAUCCUCCGACACCACCGAUUCAAUUUUCAUGA